GGAGACUCCCUCCCUCCUUUCCAGCCUCCGCCUUUGAUCCCGAUAAGGCUGAACAGCAGUGUUGGCAUGGGGAAUUGCUUGAUUCUUCAGGAGAAGAAGGUGAUCGAGAUAAUGAGGAUGGAUGGGGAGGUUCUUCGAUACCCUUCACCUCUCAAGGUGCAACAGGUGCUGAACGAGUUCCCUGGGCACGCAAUCUCCGACGCACUUCCGGUGAUCGCCUGCCUGGAUCCGGAGAAGCGUAUGAGACAUGGGCAGCUGUACUAUCUCCUCCCUCCCAAGAAGCCGGUGGCAGAGAACAGUGCAGGAGAGGGCCUCGUCAGAAUCAAGCUGGUGGUGUCCAAGCAAGAGCUGAAGGAGAUGGUGAGGAAAGGAGGGGUCUCCCUUGAUGACAUGAUGUCUCUUCUCCGAAGAGAGCAGCAAAGCAGAGGCGGCCCAAGCGAGAAAGAGAGGGCCAUGGAGUGGAGGCCUACCCUGGAAAGCAUACCGGAAGGGAAUGAUCUCUGCUAAGAACAGAGCUCCUGGGUUAUCUAGCUGAAGGUUGAUGCAUGUACAUAUAUAUAUAUAUAUAUAUAUAUAUAUAUCUAUAUAUAUAUCAUCAAAGGGGUUCUCUUUCUCUUUUCUUCUCUUUCCUCGACCAGAGAAGGCAAAGAAAACCCAUCAUCAAUUGAUCACUCUAUUAAACAGCUUUUGGACUUCCUAGUAA